AUCCAUCUGUAGGAACCUGGUAUAACCAUACUUGAAUUGAAAGCAUUAUUGCAUUAUUCCUGCAGGGAGAGGAGAAAGAAGAAUAUGGGACCAAACAGUAAUAAAUUGUAUAUGACCUACAAGAGAAAACGUACAUGUUAAAAGGUUUUUGGUACCUAGAAAGCGUUUGAUAUGUAGUUCUCAAUAUACAGAUGUCAGUGAUGUACACGGACAGCUGCUUUUUGACAGAAUGGUUAAGUGGGUGUAUGUUGUUUACGCUUGCACUCACACACAUGCGCAGUUCCGUCACUGCAGCAUAACCGAACCAAAGAUCGUCUAUAACCAUAAAAUACUUUGCUCUUUAGCAUUUUAUGGACGUUGAGUCCUGUUGGUACCAAGAAAAAAUACCAAAGUGAGAACUCUUACGUUAAAGGUUAGAGUGAAACUAAGGCAAGAUGUCUCCGUUUUUAAAGUCGUUUUUGUCCGGCAGAAGAGUUUUGGGGGCUUAUUUGCGGUAUCAUUCUUCUCUAACUGCUGAACUGAUUGAAAACAUGGAUAAGAAAGCAACCUGGGACCGCUUCUACACCGAGACCAGCAGCGGGAAAGCCACCUUCAAAAACUUUGAGUGGUUUUUUGGUUUCGAUUCUGUCCGAGACUUCAUCAUGCCCCUCUUGCAAACUAUGUCUCGCCCAGACGCUGCGCUCCAGGUGGUGGAUAUGGGCUGUGGUACGUCAGCACUGGGACCCUCUAUCUACAGGCACUCUCCUGUCUCCGUCCAUGUCACUUGUGCUGACAUUUCCCCCAUAGCUGUGAAACUAAUGCAGGAACACAUUCAAGCUAAAGCCAUUCAACCUCACAGCUGUUCUUCUCAAAUUGAGUUCGUAGAGCUGGACUGCACACAGCUUGAUAAACGCUUCAGUCCUAGUACUGUGGACCUUAUAAUUGACAAGGGGACCACUGAUGCCUUGUUAAGGUCCAGGGAGGGGAAGCGAAAUGCCAGCCUGGUCUUGAAGCAGUGUUUAAGGGUGUUGCGGAGUUCAGGGUCCUUGCUCCAGUUUUCUGAUGAGGACCCUGACUCCAGGCUUAUUUGGCUGGAGACGGCUGCACAGGAUCCGGGAGUGAUGACAGCAGAUGUUGGGGUGCAGGAAGUUGGAGAGCUAAGGGGGAUCCAUUACUACUGCUACCAGGUGACCCCUCACCCUGCUCUAUAACUGAAACUUUUUACUCCAAUAAAUAAAUAAAAUAAUACAACACAAUUGUCAUUAAUAUAAUUCUUUGUGUAAUAUCAUCUCUGAACUGUAAAUCAGUGUUUCAUGUUUGAGUUGCAUAGAUUUGGAAGUCUCUCUCUUUCAUUACUUGUCACACACUGCCAUCUAGUGGCCAGCAGGCACCCAGCAUCCAGGAUUUCAAUCCCAUCCAGCAGAACACAACACUGUGAUACAAUUUGCAAAGUAAAUGUUCUCUAUACUUACAUCACACAUAUGCCUCUUUUAGAAAAAUAUUUAAAAGACAUGUAGAGUAGAGUAGAAACAUUUCCAGGCCUGGAGACGGCAGUUUUAGGUACACGUUAAUAAUGUUUAAAGCCCAGUAGUUUUGGGCGAUCAUAUUAUGGAAGUACUUCUAUAUAUAUCUAACUUAU